CCCACCGAGAAGCUUAAUGAUUUUGGUGAUUCUAUGCCUCUCCCUAACUCGGAUUCGUGGAAUUCUGAUCAAGCAGAUCCAAAUGAUUGGCUUAAGAAAGCAGCCGUGUUUAAUCGAGAACUAAAUGAACCAGAAGAAAGAUCCUCGAAAAAGGAGACCGAACCGUGGGAAAAAAAUCAAAGGCGUGAACCAUGGGAGAAUACUACUCAUAACGAUAACCCAGCUAGUUUUGAUGUGCAGAAGAAUGAUAGGAAAUUAGAACCUUCUGUAAAUAGAGAUUCCACAGAAAAUUUGGAUGUUGUUAGUAACCGCUUUGGGCGAAAAGAUGAUGAUCGCUACAGUAAGAACAGCUCAUAUUACGGUGAGAAACCUUGCGCUAAUUGUAAUAGGCCCGGACAUCUCUCGCGAGAUUGUCCCGAUUCAUCAACUUACACCGAGGAUUCAAGUCGUCGUAGAAAUUGCUUCAAAUGCAACAAACCUGGUCAUGUGGCAUCUCAAUGUCCCGAGUCCAAUAUUGAUAAUAACGGCGACCGGUUUACAAGGAAUAGACCAUGUUAUGAGUGUGGAUCAUCUGACCAUUUUGCAGCCAAUUGUCCUUUAAAAACCCGAAAACCCAGUCCAUUUGUCAACCCAGACCCCUCUGGUAUAUCACCUGGAGAGGCAUGGAAUAGGCUAUUGAAGGCUGAUCGUGAAAAAGAUAUUGAAGAAUUCAGAAAAUGGCUUGAGGAAUAUGCGAAAGUUUCACCUCAUGAGACCUUUCAGACGAUCGAAUCGAAACUAAGAGAAGAAGGUUGCAACGGAAGAAUAAUUGCCGUAAAACGUGAAGGAAUUCCCAUCACUAGUUGUUUGGUCGACCUUCAAGGAAAUACCGGAAAAACCUAUCUCGCACAACCCUCGUUUUCAAUCCCAAGUGGACUUGCUCCAGUUUCAGGCACUCAUGCUAAAUCUUCGGAGGAAAAUUUCCGGUGGCUGGCCGAUGCCGGUUUUUUGAGUGACGAUCCUUCUCCUGUUUGUUAUAACUGCAAAGAAAAGGGACAUAGUACUAAACAGUGCGAAGCGCCAAGGAAAGACAUUGAUCGUCCUGGUCGUCCACAAUGCCAAAUUUGUAGUUCAUUUGAUCAUACUACUAGGCAAUGUGAUAAACGUGAUCGAAACGAAAGAUCUUACGGUGGCUACAACGGUCGCGAUGGUUAUGGUGAUAAAGAUAUUCGUUCUCAAACUGGUUAUAACCGUCAUGAAUACGAGCGGCCCGAUAGGUACGGCGAUAACAAUACACACAGAUCAUAUGACAAUGAUGGUAGAGAUGGUAACAGGAGGAAAGAUUACGCAAAUGAUUAUUCCAGUUCAUACAAUAAAUACAAUAACAAUGAUAAUUUUAAUAAGAGCAGAUUUAAUGCCGGUGGUCGAGGAUCCCAUAAUAACGAUGAUAAAAACUUUAAUCGUAAUAGAGGUGGUUACAACGAUGGUUAUAGUAACAGAGAUAACAGGGAUAGGGGUGAUUAUAACUCGAGAGAAGAUAGAAACUUUACAAAUCGAGGAUAUAAUGACCCCUAUUCUAGGAGCAAUAGGGAACAUGAUAGCUAUCCAUCGAGAAACAGACAAGACAGAAGUAGAGAUCCUGCCCGGAAUAGAAACGAUUCUGUUAGGGAUUUCAAUAGAGAUAGCAGAGGUCGCGGAGUUAUCGAUGAAACCACGCAAAAAUGGGAUAAGCGACAAAGAUCAACAAGUGUAAACCGGAGCAACAAUAAUAUUGAACCAGCAUUGAAAAAAGACUCGUGGGAUAGAGAAAAUCCAAAAUUAGAUGAUAACUGGGAUCAACUAAAAGGUCAAGUAAUGACAAACUGGGGUAAAAUUACAAGUCAAAAUCAUGAUGAUAAUUCCUGGCCCGCACAGGAAGGGGAAAAGAAAGUUCCGUACAACAAUAAUACUAGGUACGCUGAAAAUCAACAUUCUCGAGGUAAUAAUGAAGAACCGCGCGGACGGAGUAUGCAGACCAAAGCCUUGGCAUCCGCUAAUUCCGAAGAUAAUUCAUAUCUUGAUAACGUCAAACAAUGGUG